GGCUCGUGGGUAUAUAUAAGGCUCUUUCAGUUGGCUCCCUCGUCGUCUCCGUUACCACGCGCACACUGCCACUGCGAGUGCCGUUCCCCUCCUCCUCCUCCUCUCUCCCAUGGCGGAAUCCUCGAGCCGCCCCACGAAACCCUAAAUGGCGAGCCGGCGGCGCCGCCACGCCCCUGUGCCGUAGCCUCGCCGCAGCGAGCUGGUCGGAAGAUUUCUCUCAAUCCGUGUAGAACACAGCGUCACCUCUCGAUCCGCCAAGUGGUGGGGGAGUAGGAAGCGUGUCUUCUCCGGGAGGCGCGCGCCAUGGGGAGCGAUCUGAAGGAGAUGAAGUACAGGCGGAGGAUUGGGCUCGACGAGCGGGCGCAAUGCAGCGAGCAGAGGGCGCUCGACUGGCACGCGCUGAAGCAGGACCCAGUGGAGUUGCUCCGCAAGCUGGACGAGCUGAGGGAGCAGAUCACGAGGACCUGCCAGAUCGUCGAGCCGCCGCGGGAGCACCGUCGGGCGGGCCGACGAGCGCUCUCGCUGCUCCCUGAGAACCCUGAGCCGCCACCAAUGCCAGGGUAUCACCGCUCACGCUAUGGUGGUGGGCGGUAUGGGCACGGCUUGCCGCCGAGCCCCUACGAGCCGCUGCGCCCUGAGAUUGGGGAGAGGUACUCCAGACAGUCAAGUGGGCGGUAUCGGCAGUAUCAAGGGAGGCAAUGGGAUGGCUGUGGAGUUGGACAUGGGAAUUACAAUCCUUCUUAUACAUGUUCCUGUCCGCAUUGUCUACAUGGACAGAGAACUGCACCACAAGAAGAGCACAUUCCAAUGGCGAGAUACUUUGCUGGGCAGCAUGAGUGCUACCGGUUUGAAAGGUCGCCAUCUGUCUCAUCGGACUAUGACCGGAGGUCCGUAGCAUCAUCAUUGUACUCGCAUCGGUCGGUUUCAAAGAAGAGAGCAGAGUAUUUCCGGAAGAAGGCAGAGCAUCUUUGCCGUCCUGUUUAUGGCGCCGCCCCUUUUGUUGUGUGCAGUUCUUGUUAUCAGCUGUUGCAGGUUCCAAUGGAAAAGUGUAUGGGGAGGAAUCGGCUGCAGUGUGGGUCUUGCUCUCAGAUUGUCAGUUUGAAGCGUGAGGAGAAAGUUAUCCCCUUCUCACCAUCAGCAUCCUUUUGUGUGCCCAAAAUUGAGCAAGGUUCAAAUGAUCAAACUAGGCGAGAUUUUGAGCACCAGCUCAAUGAGUUUGCCAAUUCUGCCUUUUAUAAUUUGAAUGAGCAUAGCAGCAUGCAAAUCAACAUAGACUUUGGUGAUGAUCAUUCAGUUUCUUCUUCCAUUAGUCAUGACAGGACUGAGAAAGGAUGUGGAUCAAGCAGGAGCAUUCAGUUAAAAACAGAUGGGCUCUUGUUGUCUCCAAGCAGAUCUGGAGAUAUUGAGAGCCCGAAGGAUAUAUUAUGCGAAAGAGAUGCUGAAUGUCAGGUAGAACCUUCAGAUGCUCGAGUCAGCCCAUGUUCCCCAGUUUUAGAGGACAAACUUGUUGAUCCAUUGUGCAGCCAGGAAAAGGAUAAUAAUAGUGAGGACCUAGGCAUGGCUAAUAUAUCUGAUGUAAAUUGCAAAGGAGAACACAAAGUUAAUGAUGAUGAUGAUGGGAGUCUUAGUAUGGGAAGUGAACAGAAGAGAAAGGAAUGCGAUGAAGAUUCCCUUGUAGAUGAAAGCAUGUGCAAAACCCAUGAACAGAAGAGCAAGGACGAUCACUCUAGCCCUGAAGAUGUUAGCAAAACUCAUGAAUUUGAUAGUACAAAAGAUAAUAUUAGCAGUGCUGUAGAUGGAAAUGAAAAGCAUGAGUUUGAAAGCAAAAAAGAUGAUACCAAUAGUCUUGAAGGUGAAAGUUUGAACAAGGAACAUGAGCAAAAGAGCAAAGAAGACGAAAAUAGUGGCCUUGAAGGUGAGAAUGUUAAGAAGGGGUUUGACAAAAACAACAAAGAAAGUGAAAAUAGUGCCCUUGAAGAUGCCAAUGCCCCCCUUGAAGAUACUAGAAAUGCCUCUGAUGCGGCAAGCUUAAGCGAGAUAUCUGAAGAAAAGAAAACAGAGGAAGAAAAUGGAAGUUUGGACCAGCCUUUUGUUGAAGAUGGCAAUGCCUUUGCAGAGAGUGGGGGAUCAUCAUUUAAUGAGCGUACAAAUUCUGGUUUUUCCCGUGGUUCUUCUGAGACUGCAUUAGAAGAAGAUCAGCCCUCAACUGGAAAGAGUGGGGAUUCGUCAUUUUUUGCUGGUUUCCUGAAGAAGGGUUUCAAGGACCUUUCUUUAUUUAAUCAGUCCAUGGACAGCGUUAAGGUUUCAAUUAAUGGCCAUCCUAUCUCUGAAAGAGCUCUUAAGAAGGCAGAGAAAAAAGCUGGUCCUGUUGAGCCUGGCUCGUAUUGGUACGACUACCGUGCUGGGUUUUGGGGUGUCAUGGGGCGAGAAUGUAUCGGCAUUAUCCCUCCAUUCAUAAGAGAAUUCAAUUACCCGAUGGCCAGUAACUGUGCUAGUGGGGAUAGUGGUGUUUUCGUGAAUGGCAGAGAACUUCAUCAGAGAGAUCUAGAUUUGCUUGUAGGAAGAGGGCUUCCACGCAUCUCUGGCAAAUCAUAUUCUGUAGAGAUUUCUGGAAAUAUUACUGAUGAAGAAACUGGCAAGAAGCUACGCAGUCUUGGCAAACUUGCUCCCACGAUUGAGAAGCUGAAGCGUGGUUUUGGCAUGCAUGUCCCUGAAGAGUUUAGAUAGCUGGAUAGUGGGUCUAUUAUUACUCCUACCCCUCGUAGCUGCAAAUUGGAGGCAAGUUUGUGAUAUCUACUAAUAGUGAGAUUGAAGCUUUUUAAGUGUACCUCAAGCCUGGACUACGCAGCAAGUUGUGGUGUCCAAGAAGCUGGUAGAUCACAUGUUCCCAUGAUUUUACUAUUAAUAAUCUUCCUCCUACUAAUUCCAAACCUCCAUGCCUUUUACUGAAACGAUUCGAUCUACCAGGCAGCUCUAACUUCUCUGCUCUGCCUGUAUAUGUUUCUUAUCUGUGCUAUCACCAUGUUGGUAUGUUGCCUCACCAUGGGAAGCAUUAGGUAUAUGUGCAAUUGUCGGCUUGUAAUAUAUUGGUAGAGCUAUACAUUUUUCUAAUAUAUAUUUGUAAAUAUAUACUGGUGAAUCACCUCUUGCGGGUAUCACGGUCGCCGCCUCCCAGAUUUGUA